AAGAAGUUUUGAUUGUGGCAACUUCAUGUCAGUAUAAUAGUGUUCUAAAUGCGAACGUAAUAUUAUGUUGUGAUUGAAUAGACCUGUACUCACUUGUACUGGAAGUAGUUGAAAUUUGUUUGACUGUGACGCUCCUACAUAGUAAACGCGCCUCACUCAAGUCAUUCCCCUAUAGUAACAUGGCGGACGAAAAGCAGAAACCUGAAACUGAAAAACAAGAGGUCCCAGCUAAAGAGGAGACAACUGUUGUCAAGAAGAUCUCUGUGACUGUGAAAACGCCCACAGAGAAAGAGGUCUUCCAGAUUGAUGAGAAGGCUACAGUGUUGGAGUUCAAAGCAUUGGUUUCUGCAAAAUUUGGUGCUGAUGUUGAGCAGUUAUGCUUGAUCUUUGCUGGCAGAAUACUGAAGGAUCCAGAGACUCUGCAGUCCCAAAACAUUAAAGAUGGUUUGACUAUCCAUCUGGUUAUCAAAGCUGCAACUCGUCCAACUAGCACUGGUCCACAACGUGCACCUGCUGAUGUUAAUGCUACACCAUUCAAUCUGGGUAGCAUUGGUGGUCUGGCUGGACUUGAAUCCCUGGGAAUGAGUUCUCCAAACUUCACAGAUUUGCAGAACCGCUUACAGUCUGAAAUCUUAGGUGACCCAGAUCUAUUAAGGCAGAUCCUUGAUAAUCCUCUUGUACAGAGAUUAAUGAGUGAUCCAGAUAAUAUGAGAACUCUUAUCUCAAGCAAUCCACAGAUGCAGGAAUUGAUGGAAAGGAACCCUGAAAUUAAUCACAUGCUAAACAAUCCUGGAUUGCUUAGACAAACAAUGGAGUUGGCGCGUAAUCCGUCAAUGUUCCAGGAACUUAUCAGGAGUAAUGAUCGUGCCAUUAGCAACCUGGAGAGCAUUCCAGGCGGCUACAACGCGUUGCAAAGGAUGUACAGGGACAUCCAGGAGCCUAUGCUGAACGCAACUAUUGAUCAGUUCAGCAGAAAUCCGUUUGCUGGUCUUAUGAACUCUACAACUGGAGCUAAUCCGCAACAAGGGACGGAAAACCGUGAACCUCUACCAAAUCCAUGGUCCAGCAGACAAUCUUCUGCUCCGGAAACAACUCCCGCUAGCCGUCCGGCUGCUGGUGUUUUGAAUAAUGCACCCAUGCGUAGUUUGAUUCAGCAAAUGUCUGAAAAUCCGAGAUUGAUUUCUAAUAUGCUCCAGGCACCUUACACACAGUCUUUGAUGCAAGCUGCAGCUGCCGAUCCCAAUAUCGCAAACUUGCUUGUCACCGAAAAUCCGCUUUACAGUGGUAAUUCGAUGUACCAAGAGCAAAUGCGUUCAAUGAUUCCUACAUUGACACAGCAAAUGCAGAACCCCGAAAUUCAGAACUUAAUGACGAAUCCUGACGCUCUUAACGCGAUCAUGCAAAUUCAACAAGCCAUGGAAACCCUUCGCACUGCUGCUCCAAAUUUGGUCAACACGUUGGGAACUCCGGCUGCUGGAACUGUGCCGCCGCCGCCACCUCCUGCUACAACAACUGGCAAUACCACGUCUAGUACAACCACCACAAGUUCUACGACUACAAGCACACCUGCUUUCAACAACGCUUCAUUCUCUGAGUUCAUGGCACGGAUGGUAGCCGGAAUGGGACAGGACAACACACUUCCACCCGAAACCAGGUACCAAGCUGAGCUUGAACAACUCUCUGCUAUGGGAUUUGUAAACAGGGAGGCCAAUCUGCAAGCUUUGAUUGCCACAUUUGGCGACAUAAACGCUGCAGUCGAGAGGCUCUUGGCCCUCGGUCAGCUCUCCAUGAGCUAACCAUCUUCUCCCCGCUCGUAAAAUCUACGCAAUAUACACUUUCUAUUUAAAAGGGGUGGUAGAUAUAACAAAAUGAAUAAAAAAACCGUAAGUUUGUGUUGAUUUCCGUUUGCGUUGCUCCUGUGCAAACCAGAAUGUAACUUUAUUUCCUAAGACAAAAUUUCUUCGUCUUGAUUGAAACUACAGUAUGUUUUGAAAGUAUAUAAAAAAAAAUUAAUGAAAAAUCGAGCCAAAAAAUAUAUGAAUGUUUCGUUGUUCUUAUCCAAAUACCCGCGAUUAGUGCAUCCUCGUAUGUGUGUAUGAUGUAUCUUAUAUAAUAUGCAUAUAUAAUAGUUGUACGCGGCCCGUUUGAGUAUAACGCUAUAUAUUUCUAUAUCCCAUAAUAAAUAUUUUAUCAAGGUGUUGUGGGUGAAUGAUUAGAGAGAUUUGUAAACUAUGACUACUACAGAUGGCGUAAUCUAAGAAUAGUCACUAUAACUCUUCUCUAAAGAAAAAUAUGAAU